GAAAAGUUGUCCCGGCCGGAGCGCGAGCAGCGGCGGAGCCGGAACCGCCAGAGCCAGAGCCGGAGCUGCGGCGGCGUGGACCCGGCAGGGGCGGGCCUCGGACAGCGGAGACGCAGCGGGCCCGGCCGACCGGGCUGCGGGAGUGGCCCCGGGCAUGGGGCGGCCGGCGGGGGCCGCGGGCAGGCGGUGCGCUGCGGGCUGGCGGCGGGCUGCGUGAGCGGCCGGGACGCAGGAUGCGCUCCGAGGGUGCGGCCCCCGGGCCGGCGGCUCCGCUGUGCGGGGCGCUGAGCCUGCUGCUGGGCGCGCUUCUGGGCAAAGUGAUAGAGGGUCACGGAGUCACAGACAACAUACAGAGAUACUCCUCUCUGCCGCCUUACCUACCUGUGAGCUACCACAUCCUCAGAGCAGAGACCUCCUUCUUCCUCAAGGAAGCCAACCAGGACCCGCUGCGGAACUCCAGCCUGCAGGCGAGGGUGGAGUCCUUCUUUACCUACAAAACCAGGCAGCCCCCAGUGCUCAAUGCCAGCUAUGGACCCUUUUCUGUGGAAAAGGUUGUGCCUCUGGACUUGAUGUUGACUUCAAACUUUUUAGGUCCAACCAAUAAGUUUAGUUUUGAUUGGAAACUAAAAGCCCACAUCCUGCGGGACAAAGUCUACCUGAGCCGGCCCAAAGUGCAGGUUCUGUUCCACAUCGUGGGCAGAGACUGGGGCGACCGCAGCGCCGGGGAGAAGCUGCCCUGCCUGAGGGUCUUUGCUUUCCGAGAGACCAGAGAGGUGCGGGGCAGCUGCCGGCUGAAGGGGGACCUGGGGCUGUGCGUGGCCGAGCUGGGGCUCCUGUCCAGCUGGUUCAGCCCCUCCACGGUGGUCGCCGGGAGGAAGAAGUCCGUGGACCAGCCGGAGGGGACCCCCGUGGAGCUCUACUACACCGUGCACCCAGGGGGUGACAGAGGGGACUGUGCCGGGGGUGACUUCAGGAAGGGCAACGCCAUCCGUCCAGGAAAGGAUGGGCUGGAGGAAACCACGUCCCACCUGCAGAGGAUCGGCACCGUCGCCCUUUACCGGGCCCAGGACAGCGCCCAGCUCAGUGAGCUGCGUUUGGAUGGUAACGUGGUCAUCUGGCUGCCUUCCAGGCCAGUCAAGCAGGGAGACGUGGUCACGGCCUAUGUCACCAUCUCGAGCAAUUCCUCCGUGGACCUCUUCAUCUUGAGAGCCAAGGUGAAGAAGGGGGUGAACAUCCUGAGUGCUCAGACCCAUGAGCCCCGGCAGUGGGGUGUCAAGCAGGAGGUGGGCAGCGGUGGAAAGCAUGUGACGGCCACCGUGGCCUGCCAGCGCCUGGGGCCCAGCCCGCGCAACAGGAGCAGCAGUUUAUUCAAUGAGGUUGUGCAGAUGAACUUUGAAAUAGCCAGUUUCAGCAGUCUUUCAGGGACUCAGCCCAUCACAUGGCAGGUGGAGUACCCGCAGAAGGGGACCACAGACAUCGCUGUGUCCGAGAUCUUUGUCAGCCAGAAGGACCUGGUGGGCAUCGUUCCCUUGGCUAUGGACACUGAAAUUCUGAACACUGCCAUACUCACAGGAAAGACAGUUGCCAUGCCUAUCAAGGUGGUGUCUGUGGAGGAGAACAGUGCCGUGAUGGACAUCUCAGAGUCGGUGGAGUGCAAGUCCACAGACGAGGACGUUAUCAAAGUGUCUGACCGCUGCGACUACAUCUUUGUCAAUGGCAAAGAGAUCAAAGGAAAGAUGGAUGCGGUGGUGAACUUCACAUACCAGUACCUGAGCGCCCCCCUGCUUGUCACCGUGUGGGUGCCCCGGCUGCCCCUGCAGAUCGAGGUCUCUGACACGGAGCUCAGCCAGAUAAAGGGCUGGAGGGUCCCCAUUGUGACCAAUAAGAGGCCCACUCGUGAGAGCGAGGAUGAGGACGAGGAGGAGCGGCGGGGCCGGGGCUGUGCGCUGCAGUACCAGCACGCCACCGUGCGGGUCCUCACCCAGUUUGUGUCCGAGGGCGCCGGCCCAUGGGGCCAGCCGAACUACCUGCUUAGUCCUAACUGGCAGUUCGACAUCACUCACCUGGUGGCAGACUUCAUGAAGCUGGAGGAACCUCACGUGGCCACCCUCCAGGACAGCCGGGUCCUGGUUGGGCGAGAGGUUGGGAUGACGACCAUCCAGGUGUUGUCUCCACUGUCUGACUCCAUCCUGGCAGAGAAGACAAUAACCGUGCUAGAUGACAAAGUGUCGGUGACAGACUUGGCCAUCCAGCUCGUGGCUGGGCUGUCUGUCGCCCUUUACCCCAACGCAGAAAACAGCAAGGCCAUAACAGCUGUGGUCACAGCUGAGGAGGUGCUGCGGACCCCCAAACAGGAGGCUGUAUUCAGCACGUGGCUGCAGUUCAGUGAUGGCUCUGUGACGCCCCUGGACAUCUACGACACCAAGGACUUCUCCCUGGCAGCCACCUCCCAGAACGAGGCUGUCGUGUCAGUCCCCCAGGCCCGCUCUCUCAGGUGGCCCGUUGUGGUGGCCGAAGGGGAAGGCCAGGGCCCACUGAUCCGAGUGGACAUGACGAUCGCCGAGGCCUGCCAGAAAUCCAAACGCAAGAGCGUCCUGGCCGUGGGCGUCGGCAACGUCAGGGUCAAGUUCGGACAGAACGAUGCUGACUCCAGCCCCGGCAGGGACUAUGAGGAAGAUGAGAUCAAGAACCACGCCAGCGACCGCCGGCAGAAGGGUCAGCAGCAUGAGCGCACAGGCCAGGACGGGCACUUCUAUGGCAGCUCUCCUGUGGAGCGUGAGGAAGGGGCACUCCGAAGAGCCACUACCACGGCCAGGUCCCUGCUGGACAACAAAGUGGUGAAGAACAGCCGGGCAGAUGGGGGCAGGCUGGCAGGAGAGGGGCAGCUGCAGAACAUCCCCAUUGACUUCACCAACUUCCCGGCCCACGUGGACCUCCCCAAGGCCGGGAGUGGGCUGGAGGAAAAUGACCUGGUGCAGACCCCACGGGGCCUGAGUGACCUGGAGAUAGGGAUGUACGCCCUCCUGGGGGUGUUCUGCCUGGCCAUCCUCGUCUUCCUGAUCAACUGCGCCACCUUUGCCCUGAAGUACAGGCACAAGCAAGUGCCCCUGGAAGGUCAGGCCUCCAUGACCCAUUCUCACGACUGGGUGUGGCUUGGCAAUGAGGCUGAGCUCCUGGAGAGCAUGGGGGAUGCGCCGCCACCCCAGGACGAGCACACCACCAUCAUAGACCGCGGACCGGGGGCCUGCGAGGAGAGCAACCAUCUCCUGCUCAAUGGCGGCUCCCACAAGCACGUGCAGAGCCAGAUUCACAGGUCAGCCGACUCCGGGGGGCGGCAGGGCAGAGAACAGAAGCAGGACCCCCUGCACUCGCCCACCUCCAAGAGGAAGAAGGUGAAAUUUACCACCUUUACCACCAUCCCCCCAGACGACAGCUGCCCCACGGUGAACUCCAUCGUCAGCAGCAAUGAUGAGGACAUCAAAUGGGUGUGUCAGGACAUGGCUGUAGGUGCCCCCAAGGAACUUAGAAACUAUCUGGAGAAACUCAAAGAUAAGGCUUAGGCCCCUCUAGCCAAAGGGCCCUGCCCUGAUGCCUUCCUUGUACUGGAAACUGGCCCAAGUGGGGCAGAAGGCGUUGUCAGUGGGGUUAAGAAGGGACGGUCCCCCGGUCCAUGCUAGACCAGCUGGAAAGUUUUGAAGUCAGGAAAAGACAUUUUUGUAUCAAGGGAUUUUUAGCAGUCAAUGAUGGUGGAUUUUCAAAGGUCAGGGGAAUAAAGUCUGGGGCAUGGGGAAUAAAGUCUGGGGCAUGGGGAGUACAGACCAAGUUACUGAACGGCACAGGCAAAAUUAGGAAGGUUAUUUUAUGAGUCAAAACAUACUACAGACAAGCUACCAAAAAUUAUUUGUUAAAAAAUGUAAAAAGACAAAUAAAAAGAGAAAUAAUCAUCUGUUUAUAUUUCUAAUAAAGGAGCAAAAUAUAAAAAUAGGGCCUGCUAAGAGACAUUUUCCAUUCUAAUUCACUAUUCACUUUUCCAAGGAAAGCCUUCAACUGUCACCACACGGCUGGGGAGGAGACAUUUCUUAACAAGGGAUGCCUCUUGGGACAGAACUAAGGAGUUUUAAAUCUUUACUUGGUCAUCUUUUAUUUUCUUUUCCACUUUUUUCUCUCUCUCUGUGUCCUGGACUUCCAUUGCAUUUAUAUUUAAUGUUUAUUUCUGAGAAUCAAGCAGUAUAUUUUUUCCUAAAUGAAACAUAAAUUAUAUUCUUAUUCAUUAGAUAGGUUCCUAGGAACAAUGUCAAUUAAUCCACUGUUUAAGUAGUAACUUGAAUGUUUUUCUAUAUCCUUCCAGCUUUGUUGAUAGUGGCUGGUUUUGUACAAUUGGAGGGAGCUCUCAGAGCCUUCUGGGGGAGGAGAGGAACUGUCCUUAAUCCAUCACCACUACCACAGGGCAAAGCCAGCAGGUGUGGCCUUGUGAGGGGCUGUACAGACAGGAUGUGGCCAGGAGAACAGAGCCCCACCUGGACCACCUGACCCCUCGGGAUUCCACCCCUGUCAUCGUGGGGAUGUUCCUGUAUAGGAGAAAGUUGGGUUAAAUCAAAAAAGAGGCCACGCCCAGGUGCAAUCAGAGUCAACCUGGUGGGCUGGGUCUAUCACAAGACAUAACUGAUGCUGAACAUGAACAAAGAUAAAAACUGUUUGGAGGGUUUUUAAGUUGUUUUUCUUACUUUGUUGGGUGGGGUAUACCAGCAUAAACUCUAAAGAUAAAAUCUAUGUUAGAUUGUCAAUCAACUGUGUUUUUGAACAGCAUAAUUGUGUAGCAGCACAUUGCAAAAACGCAUUCAUCCAAAGUGACACAUAUGUGGCAACAAAGACCAUGCCAGUGAAAUAAACCCCUUCGUGAUCACCUGACUCCAGUUCUCCGUGUGCACCACUGGCUGCGGCUGCAGGAGGAAGAUGCCUGACAGCCCUCAUGCUCUCCGCAGGGGGGCGCUCACAAAGAUUCCAGGGGUGUUUAUUGUGUUUAUUUUUUUAAUUACUAAAAUCAGUAGCUAAGAAAGGGUCCUUGAAGCCUCCUAACCUGGGUUGGACCUUUGAAAAAUAUAUUUGUAGCACAUAUUAUAGAUGGAAAGAAGAUAUUUAUUUAUACCUGUGAUGCCGAUUGUCAUUAAAAGGCUUUUCAUGGCUUGACAAA